AUUUCACCAGAAGUCAUCGGAAUGCACAGCAUUUGCCAAUAGCGCAUUCUUCAAAGAGGAAUUGAAAGAUUGAUUGAUUUUCUUGUUUAACAGUUAUAAGAAAAGGUGGUAGCAAAGGCUUAACUUUGCCCCCAUAUAGUACUUAGAUACGCCCUCAAAUUGCGAUUGAAAUACAGUAAAGCGUGUUCAAGAGAAUAAGGCCUAGUAAUAAGCUAUAUUGAAUUAAUGAGUAUAGUGAGGCUAUAAUCAAUAUGCAGAAAAACGAAAGGAAAGCACCAGAUUCCGCAAAUGCAAUGUUUUCGGAUGCGAGUGAUUCGUUUCCGUUGGAAAAAUUCAGUGAAGAUAUAGUACGCGAGUUAGACGAUAUCGAGAAAGAUACGCUUUUACAAGAACAAAUGGAGAAAGAAAAAAUGGAACACACCAACAAGCAUGACAAGGAUAAUGCAUCAGCUCUUUUGGAAAAUUGUUUUGCACUUUUACACGCUAAAGAUGACACCAGUAAGUUUGUUUCAUUAACGAUGCUCGCGAAAUUAUUGAAUGAAAAUCCGGAUUUUCUUUUUGCAUUUUGGGAACAAAUGGAUAUGAAAUUCCUCGAUCGACUUCUAAGAUCUAAGAAUUAUGAAUACGCCGAUUUGGGAGUUUCCGUGUUGCUUGCAUUUUGCAGCGAUGAAAAGAUUCUUCGUAGCUCCUGUAUGAAAAAGCGGAUUCCAGCUUUGUUGACUUGUACUAUGCGGCAUUACGAUCUUUGCAUUCCCACAAUAUGUGCUUUAGCAUCCAAUCCACGUUCAGCAAAGUCUCUUUUGUAUUAUACAUCCUUUAUUAUUAAUGAAUUCCCCCUUUCCCAUGCUUUAGAAAUUUUGUCAUACGGUUUGUAUGCGCUAGACAAAAUUCACCUUUACAUGAAACCGAUUUUUGAAGGAAUAAACAAGAGAGAUGAGUGGAAGUCUCAUGUCACUUCUCAAUUUUUUAGAAAUCUAUUUGCUCGUUUCCCUGUUAAUUUAUGGUAUUCGGAUGAACUUUGCAGCUAUCUUCGGCCUUUUAUUAAACCCGUUCUGGAAGAAUUCGUUACAGAAGAAUCCAUUGAAAAUGCAUGUGUACAGCUUUUCUCCAUUUUAAAAGCACUCGGUCCUGAUGUGGUAAUGGAAGACAAUAAAGAGUCCUUUUUGCUAGUGAUUGGUCGCUGUACAGCAGAAAUCCGUGCAAACUUGGAUCUUUUAGUGUCAACGCUUGAUGAAAAACAAAAACACGAAAGUCUCUCGUAUAGUGUGUGUACAUGCUACGAAGUACUUGGAAUUUUAAUUCACUUUCUUUGCGAAAAUUGUGAUGAACUUUCUCAAACUAUUGAGCCUACAAAGUUUUUUCAACUUCAAAACACCCUAUCGGAACUGUUUGGAGAUACAAUGGAAUUUAUUCGUGACGCUUGGGAUAAUAUGAGACAUCAUGAAAUGUUUGCUGUUCACGUCACUGUGGUUAGCGCGAUAGCCACUCUUUGUCUUUGGCUUACGGAAGAUGAUAGUCAAUAUAAGCAAGCUUCUGGUUUAAUUGAUGUAUUUAUGGCACUUUGGAAGUAUGGUUGGAAGAACGGAGUUGAGUAUGCAAAGUGGAUUGGACUGGCUCUUCCCAACAUGCUCCAAGUAGAAAAAUGUUUCAAAGCCUUCAAGAAUGUGAAAGGUUGGGAAAUCGUGUGGGACGAUUUCAAGCGUUGCAAUAAAGAACUAGAAGCCAUGGGAGCAAAACAAGCUUUAUUUGAAGAUGUGGCUGAGAAUGAAAGGGCCACCCAAGCGUUCCAAGAUUUCUACAUUUUGCUAGAAGUAAAGUCGAUCCUUCCUUCUUCAAUUUGGGAACAUGAGGUGUUUCAUUCUCCUCUAUGGAAAGAUAUGUUGAAUGAAUCUGCAUGAUAUAUAUAUAUAUAUAUUUCAUUCUAUUUGGUUUGUUGACCUUCAUUUCAUCAUCUUUUCAAUCUUCAUCUUUGGAAAUGUUCAUUCUUUCUCAUAUCACCCAUUAUAAACUUUGCAAUGAAGAUGGCCGAUCUUAUUUAUGGAUAUAUUAAUUAUUUUAAUUACAAUCUACGUUACCGCGAGCGUUUCCUUUGAUUGAUAUAUUAAUUUUAAUUUUGAUGGAAUUACGGUUGCUUUUAGUGACUUCUCGUCGUGAAAAAGCUAUAGCUGGGUUAUUUAUCCGUUGGAGUCAUGGAUCUCAAGUUUUAAAAGAUUUCAGCCCACUAAUUUGAAAUAGGAAUAUUAAGCGUCUACAUUCCUCGAUGCUCUAGAAGUUGUUCCUAUAUAUCUUUCAUAGUUUUUGCAUGCUAAUGAUUCGAUUUGUCAAGUAGACCUUGGCAACUGUACAACAUAAUGCUUUUUUUUGUCUUUGAUACACUUUACUAGUUUUGGUUAAUGUUAAUUGUGUGUUUUGUGUUAAACCCUAUGGAAAUAUAUAAAAAUCAUUUUAUUUUAUA